AUGACUUCUAUAGAAGAGAACUUCCCUCGAGGGGGCAAACAGAAAACAACACAAGAAGGAAAAGCAGCCAAACACCCAACAGUUGAUCAGGAUAAUUUAUUCAAAACACAACAUGAAGAGCAAACUCCAAAAAGAAAGAAAGCCCAGCAGGAUCAAGCAAAACCAAAAAAACUCAAGACUGAGAAGAAAGCAGUUGUAAAAACCCAUGCAGAGAAUUUUGAACUUCUGACAGCUGAGUCUCUCACUGAUGGAAUGCUGGUCUUGGGCUGUGUGAAAGAGUGUAAUGAAUUUGAGCUUAUAAUCAGCUUACCAAAUGGGCUCUCUGGAAGUGUACAGGUGACACGCAUAUGUGAGGCUUACAGCAAAAUGCUGAGUGAGCAGGUGGCCGCAGAUAAGCCAGUAAAGGAUCUGAGCCCUCUUGCAGAGCUGUUCUCACCAGGAAUGCUCCUCAGAUGUGCUGUGAUCGGUAUGAAGAAAGGUGCUGAAGGACAUCACGGUAUACAGUUGUCGAUUAAUCCCAAAGAUGUCAACAAGGCUCUGAACACUGCAGCUCUGAGAACAGGCAUGCUGCUCUCUGGAUGCAUCUCUAGUGUGGAAGAUCAUGGCUACCUUAUUGACAUAGGGGUCCCUGCAGCAAAAGCAUUUCUCCCUCGAGAGAAAGCCCAGAGUUACUUCCAAGCAAAGGAGAAAGGAGCUGAACUGAAGAUAGGACAAUAUCUAAACUGCCUUAUUGAUGAAGUGAAAAACAGUGGGAGGAUAAUCCGCAUCUCCAUCAGCCAGUCGGAGGUUGCUGCUGCCAUUGCAACCGAAGUGCAAAAUUGGACACUCAACAGUUUGCUACCUGGGCUGGUGGUGAAAGCCCAGGUUCAUGAGGUGACUCCCAUGGGAAUUUCUCUUAGUUUUCUGUCUUCCUUCACUGGAAUUGUGGACAUCAUGCACCUGGGCUCUACAAAAUCAAGAAGCUACUCUCCAGGUCAGAUGGUGAAAGCCUGCAUUCUCUUUGUUAACCCCACCUCCAAGGCAAUACGUCUGUCUUUGCGCCCAGUUUUCCUUCAGCCCGGCACUCAGCUUGGUCAUCUCUCCAGUGGUCGGAUUGGCACAGUAAUGGCAGACUCAAGAGUAAAGAGCUUUUGCAAAAAUGCUGGUGCUGUCUUCACACUGGAUGAUGGAACCCUUGCUUUUGCACAUCUUAAACAUCUUUCAGAUACUCCCAAGUCUUUCAAACCUUUGUCCUUUAGGCCUGGAAGUAAGCAUAAGUGCCGAGUUAUUGACUACAGCCCUAUCGAUGAUCUGUUGUUGUUGUCCCUCAAACAACGUAUUAUUGUUGCUCCAUUUUUGAGAUACCAUGAUAUUCAUCCUGGACAGGUGGUAGAGGGCACCGUGUUUGCUCUGAAGGACUUUGGCAUGCAAGUAAAAGUGACUGGUUACAUCAAGGGGCUGGUGCCUCGCCUGCAUCUAUCGGAUGUGGUUCUGAAGCAGCCAGAAAAGAAAUACAGUGUGGGGAACACUGUCAAAUCCCGGGUGCUGGCUUGCAAUCCUGACACAAAGACGCUUAUUCUGACACUUAAGAGAACUCUUGUCACUUCAAAACUCCCCAUUCUUGCUAGCUAUGAAGAUGCAAAGCCAGGUCUAGUGACCCAUGGAUUCAUUGUAUGUGCUAGGGAGUUUGGCUGUAUUGUGAAGUUCUACAAUGACAUAAAAGGCCUGGUCCCCAAGAAUGAGCUUGGUGUGGCACCCAUUACUGUUCCUCAGGAAGUUUUCUAUGAAGGCCAGGUGGUCAAAGUGAUUGUCCUAAAAUGUGAGCCUGAGCAAGAGAGACUACUGCUGUCAUUAAAGUUGACUGAUAAUGCUCUCGCUGUGGACACUACAGGGGAAGAGGUUUCAAAGAAGCGAGAAGUGACAUAUGAAACUGGACAGGUUGCUGAUGUGAAAAUUCUAAAGAAGAAAGAAAAUGGCCUAGAAGUUAAAAUCUUGCCAAAUGAUGUUUCUGCCUAUCUUCCCACAAUGCACCUUUCCGACCAUGUGACCAAUUGUAAACUGUGGUGGCAUUGGCUCAAAGGCGAUGAAAUCCUUCACAAUGUUGUAUGCCUUCAUGACAAGGGAGGCCAUAUUACUCUGAGCAGGAAGCCAGCAAUAAUUUCAGCUAUAGAGGGGGGAAAUGUGGUGAAGAACUUCUCUGACAUCCAGCCUGGAUUGCUGCUGAUGGGCUAUGUGAGAAACAUUAUGCCAUAUGGUGUGUUUGUGGAGUUCCCAUAUGGUUUGACAGGGCUGGCACCCAAAUCGGCAAUGAGUGAUAAAUUUGUGACGGCUACCAAGGAUCACUUUGUGAUUGGUCAGACUGUGGUUGCCAAGGUGACCAGCAUUGAUGAGGAGAAGCAGCGCUUCCUGUUGUCUCUGAAGGUGUCUGACUGCUCCUCUGAAGAUUCUGUUUCCGAGAGUUUCUCCUUGCUGCUCCAGUACUUCAAGGAGCUGCAGGAGAUUAUGAGCAAAAGAGGUGAUUCCAGUGUACCUCAGAAACUCUGUGAAUUUAAGCCUGGGCAAAGGCUGCUGCUGGUGGUUCAAGAAGUCAAGGCAGAUGGCUCAGCGCUGUUCAGCAACAUACAUACUUCAGGGUUGACUGUAGAGGCCACUCACAGACAUCUUGGAGGCAAAAACAUUGUUAUGGGAGACCAAGCAACAGCUGUGAUUCUCCAUGUGGAUUACCUGAAAUCAAAGGUCUAUGUUUCUCUUCGAGAAGAGCUUCUUUCCCCCAAACAAAAGACGUUAACAGCAGACUCUCAGCAUCCAGCAGUGGUGCAGCAUGUGGCUUCAGAGUAUGUGGUUGCUUCCUUGGUAGAAACUGGCCACUUGAUUGCCAUCCCGUUGGCCUCCCACUUCAACGAUACAUUCCGGUUUGAUUCUGAAAAAAUGAAGGUGGGGCAGUCACUCAUGGUGGUUCUGAAGACCACAGAGGCAGGCAAUCAUGGGUUCUUGCUUGCUGUGCAAAGUCCCAAAAAAAGGAAAAACGUAAUUGGGUUACAGAAGGGGUCCAAGACGCUAGAGGAGACAUCAGCCGUGGUGAAACACUCUCUGUCCUUGGGAGAGAUGGUCACAGGAACUGUGAAGUCUGUGAAGCCCACCUUUGUCCUUGUGGCCCUUGAUGAUAAGCUAAUAGGCAACAUUCAUGCAUCCCAGAUCUUGGAUGAUGUUCCUGUAGGCACCUUUCCCACAUCAAAGCUAAAGGUUGGACAGAAGGUGACUGCUCGUGUCAUUGGGGGUCGAGAUGUUAAAACUCACAGGUAUUUGCCCAUCUCCCAUCCAUACUUUACCCAGACCAUCCCAGAGCUCAGUGUCCGACCAAGGGAGCUGAAAGGAGAAAGCAGCACAGCCCUGUGCCCUGAAGACAUAGAAGAGGUUUUAAAACCUUUCAAGCCUGGACAGAUGGUGACAUGCUUUGUUAAGAAGUACAACACCACAAAGAAAUGGCUGGAGGUGGAGGUUACUUCUAAUGUUCGAGGGAGAGUUCAACAGCUGCUCCUUUCCCCUAACACCAAGGUAUUAAAACAUGCAGAAAAAUACUUCAAAAAUGGACAGGCUUUGGUUGCAACAGUGGUAGGCUCUGACAUCACUGAGACCAAGCUCUGUCUGUCACUGACAGGAGUUCAUUCUCUGGAGGAAGGAACCAUCACCCUAGGCUACGUCAAAAAGGUGAUCCCGCAUGUCGGCCUGACUAUCGCACUUCCCUUUGGAAAGACUGGCAAAGCCAGCCUUUUCCACUUGAGUGAUUCAUUUGUUGAACAGCCAGUAGAAGGUUUCAGCACGGGUCAACUUGUCAAAUGCUGUGUCCUUUCCAAUAAUGAUAAUAAAACGGAAGUGUCGCUCCGGCAAUCCAGGGUUAAUCCCAAGAGCCAUGGUAAAGUGGAAGAUACUGAAAUCACGAGCCUUGAUAAUGUUCAGAAAGGUCAACUUGUCAGAGGCUAUGUCACCUCAGUGACACCAUCUGGUAUCUUCUUUGGAUUGUCUGAUUCUGUUGUGGGUCGAAUCCCAUUGCAAUACAUCACCCAUCUCCUUGUGCCGGAUCAGUCCGUAUGUGCAAAAUUUAUACAUGUAGGACAGUUACUUGCUGCCAAAGUUCUCAGUAUAAACAAAGAAGAGAACCAUGUGGAGCUCUCAGUCCUUCCUAAAGACACCGGGAAACCAAGUAUUAUCCCAGAGUCCCUGGGUUUGCCACACAGUGAAACAGACACAAACUUUAAGAAGCUGAAGAAGCGCAAAAGAGGAAGUUCUGAAUGUGAACAGGAAGUAAAGCAAAGAAAAAAGAGAGUUUGUUGCACUGAAGAGGAUGAUAGCGGUAUUGAGGUCUAUUGUCGGGAGGAAGAGGAGGAGGACAAAAAGGAGAGGAGCUCUAAGGGAAGAGAGCUUCUAAGGCUGAAGGUUUCAACCAACUUUACGUGGGAGGAAGGUUUAAGUGUGCUGGAUUCAACCAUGUUGAGAGAGAGAGACCAGAGCUCUUCUAGCGAGGAGGAUGAAGAAGACAUUCAGUCAACGACAAAGAAACAAACAAGGAAGAACAAAGAGCUGGAGAAGCAAAGGGCAGAAAAGGAACUCUCCAAACUAGAAGCUGCUCUGAUGGACCCGGCUCGGCAGCCCCAGUCUGCGGAUGACUUUGACCGCUUGGUCCUUGGCAACCCUGACAGCUCCAUCCUCUGGAUGCAGUAUAUGGCAUUCCAUCUCCAGGCAACAGAGAUAGAGAAGGCCAGAGUUGUAGCCGAAAGGGCACUCAAGACAAUUUCCUUCAGGGAAGAGCAAGAGAAGCUGAAUGUGUGGGUAGCCCUGCUGAACCUGGAGAACAUGUAUGGCACAGAGGAAGCACUGAUGAAAGUCUUUGAAAGAGCCAUUCAGUACAAUGAGCCUCUGAAAGUUUUCCAGCAGCUGGCAGACAUCUAUGCUGAUUCUGACAAAUAUAAGCAAGCUGACGAUCUGUACAACACAAUGCUGAAGCGCUUUCGCCAGGAAAAGUCUGUGUGGGUGAAAUAUUCCACUUUUCUGUUGAAAAGAGGCCUGGUAGAGGCAGCUCACAGGCUCCUCCCACGUUCACUCAAGUGUCUGCCAGACAAAGAACAUGUGGAUGUGAUUUCAAAGCUGGCACAGCUUGAGUUCCGGAUUGGGGAUCCGGAACACGGCAAGGCCAUUUUUGAGAACACCCUGAGCACAUACCCGAAACGCACAGACAUCUGGUCAAUUUAUAUAGACAUGUUGAUAAAACAUGGCUGCCAAAAGGAAGUACGGGAUGUUUUUGAGCGAGUAAUACACCUGAGCCUAGCACCAAAGAAGAUGAAGUUUUUCUUUAAACGCUAUUUAGAAUAUGAGAAGAAAUAUGGCACAGCAGAAACGGUCCAAGCCGUGAAGGCAGCAGCGCUGGAAUACGUGGAAUCCAAGAACAGUCUUGCUGAGGGUUGAUUUAUACAGUGAACAAACUUUGGGGUCUUGCUUGGUAGCUAGCAGAGAAGCAUGGCAGAGCUGCUGGGAGAAGGGAAGCCAUCCC